GUUUCCGGCGAAAAAAAUCCAGGACCACGACAACACCCCUAAGUGAAGAUUACUUACUACCCCAGUAAAAGACUCCAAACUUCUUCCCUGUCACUCGAGUUCCUCCUCUGCAUGGUGUUUUCAUUGGAAUUCAUCUUUUCACCGAUCACGAUCAGCUCUUUUCUAGCGGUGCGAUUUGGAAUAAACCAUACAUAUUUUCUGCGUAUUAAGAUCAACAUAAGCGGUUAGUAUUUUCAGUUUUUCUUGUUGCGUUUUCUUGAAUUCCAGUUCCGAAUGAUCUUCAAAAGUGCUUGAUUUUUGUUCUUUCCGUAAAAAGUCCAUGACGAAAACUAUCCAACACCAAGUCUCGUAGAAGCGCAAAGUGAGCACUUCCACCCCGAACGGUUUGCACGCAAUAGGCACAUCUUUAGCGUGGUCUCUUCUUCUCGCUGAGAACAAGCAGCCUAAAAAGAAGCCAGAAAAGAUUUAAAAAAAAAUGCCGACUUCUACGCUCGCUCGCGUUGCUUUCGCCGGCGUUGUUGCCGCGCAGCUUGCUACCGCACAGUUUGGAAUGGAUGGUGGUUCAGCACCGAUGAUGGGCGGUGGGAUUCCAGAUGCACCCCCACCAACGGAUGAGCAAGGGCGACCACUGCAGAGCAUCAAGGUAUACUUGUUGUACUACAGGAUAGGACAUAGCUAUAUGAUAUAAUUCGAGAUGUAGUUGCGGCUUCUGCCUCUGCGUAAGGGAAAAUGUUAAACGUGUUUCUUGUUGAUUCCGUAUAAUUAGGCUUUCUGUCAGUGGCACCACAUGCGCCGGGUCUUUUGUACGAUUCUUGCGUCAACAUCUCGUUGUUCAGAAGGGGUAAAAAGCAUGUUUGUAAAAUAACCCCCUUGAUGCCAACAAACAGAUCGAGGCUCCGCAAAUCACGGAGGAGGACCAGCACGGCUACAACAUGCCGGCCAUGUACAUGUGCAACUCGUGCAAGUCCGUGAUGUUCCACACAAAUUAUCCUGUGUAAAAACUACGUCCCCACGACCCCAUAAGUAGUCAAGAUGGGAAAUCAACUAGACAAAUCCACAAGGCUUGGCUGUUGCGCAUGACAAGUUUCGAUCCUCGUAGUGUAGUCGUGUUUCGAGCUAGCUCGCCAGCAUAAACACAGACCCAGCGCGUCGUGAUGGUGCUGAUUGGAGCAUGACAAAUUCCGAAACACAACUAGCAAGCGCCUCGCUCAUGGGGCUCCGCAUGAGAAACAUCUUCAGCAUGCAGAAUUGCAUUUUACAACUAUGGGGAGUGAGGACGUUUUUACAAAUGAUACAAAUGCCACGUUUUUCAACCGGGGAACGAAGUCACGCGAGGGGAAGCUGCGGGAGUGGGAAGUCGAGGACAUGUACCAAGUGCAAAAAUGUCUGGGUCUGGAGGAAUGCAACUUGUGAUGCUGCAUUUGGAUUCCAAAAAAAUCUGUAGUGCAUGAAUAGCAAAGGGAACAAUGCAUUUCUUGCUACGCUGAGAAGGCAUUUGUCAUGCGGAAUGGGCAUCAAGAAGCCGAAGCCCUCAAAAAAUCUGUAUUGCUAGGGUAUGCAUCACAGACAUCGUGGCUCAUGCAAAACGCGCAUGACAAGUGUCAGAAUCUUCCAGGAGACCCAGACACUUUUACAGUUGAUAACAUGAUGGAAAAAGCCUGCAGCCCCGACGUGUACGAGGGGUACGGAGUCAAGCUUUUGUAUGGAAGCGUCAGGUUUGAAAUCGACAAAGUUGAAAUAAUUUGUCAUGCAUAAAAUCGAUACCAGUUGGAGUCUCAGUUUGCAAGCGGCGCAUGACAAAUUUCGGGAGCACCCAAAUGCAGUCUGUCAUGCUGUUUGGGCAACAGAGACUGCGCCUGUCAUGCUACUCUGGCAGCACAUUGCACACGCCUAAACAGGCUUGCAAUCGGACUCAUUUGCCUGCUUCCCAACACAGGCCACGCGUGCCCUACAUUUUAUGCAUUACAAAUUUUUCGACUUUGUCAAUUUCGAUCCUGACGCAUCCAUAUUUUGAACGGUAUAGAACACCUUCAUAUAUUGUUUCCCGUUGGAGUUUUUGCAUUUUACAAAAAAAGAAAUUGAAUUUCGAAGUAGGUGGCGCAAGUAGAACUAGUGCUGUGAUUGCGGGCAAGCGCGACGUGGAGCUUUUUAACAUCAUUUUUGAUUUUACAUUGCAAUAGAUAAAAUGAACGAAUUCCAAGGCAAAAACGUCCUUUCCGGGCCGGCUCUCGCGGCGGAGGAGAAAGAGCUCGCGGGCGGACAGGCAACCAUCCAGAUGGGCGGGGACAACUGGAAAAAGCGGCUGUCGGAGGUGUGCACGAAAAUCAUCCUAUCCGGAGGAAAAACGUCGUCUCCACCCCAGCAAUUUGUCAUGCAGAUUUGCAUGUGCAGGAAGAUUUGUAAUGCGCAUCCCCAUGAGGGCCAUUCGUAGUUGUUUUUUGAUGUUUGUAAUGCUGUAAACAGGGUAAGCAGAUGGAUUUUUAAUGCGGCUGUGCUUGCUAAACUGCACUACAAUAGUACCGAGAGGAACUUGUCAUGCGUGAUCUCCAGUCGUUGACUCUGGGGUGGGAGCCGAUACUUUUUGCACAGGAUACCUCCGCGACGAGAUGGAGGAGGACGCCUACAAGAUUUUCCUGCAGGGCAAGCUCGACGCGAAACUCUGCUCUAUAUCCAACGAAAAAACCGUAUAAGUGUAACUUUCUGUUGCAGACGAUACAAGACACUUAUACCUGUCAUGCUGGGCAUGCGUCAGAGGCUCUUUUCGUGCGUUUUGUCACUGAUACUAGCUACGCAUGACAGGUUAUUUUCUGUGUCAUGCAGUAGAGAAAACUUGUGAUGCUAUGUCUUCUCAAGAAAGUAUACACCUACACAGUCUUUUUUCUUGCAUACUGUAACCGCUUCAACUACUGCAGCGUGGAGGCCACGGGGGGCUAUCAAAUGUAAAAAUGUCUGGGUCUGGAAGAAUGCAACUUGUCAUGCUAAAUCUGAAUCAGGCAAAAAACUGUGUUGCAUGAUUGCCGAAAGUUGUUCACUUUUGACCUAAUCGAGAGGCAGUUUCUCACGCAGGAUAGGCAUUGGAAAGGUUGCGCAGAAUCUGUCAUGCUAUGUCCUACAUACCAGACCUCAUGGGUUAUGGAAAACCUGCAUGACAAACCUGGCAGUCUUCCAGACCCAGACACUUUUGCAAUCCAUAGGGGCGCCAAGAAGGCAAAAAAGCAGCGCACGGCGAAAAAGGAAAAGAAGAAGACUCCGGAAAGUAUUAUUUACGGAUAGAAUUUUUGGAAAAUGCUAAGUUUACGGGCUUCAUUCUUUUUGCAUUUUUUUUUCCUUCCCAAGUAAAAAGUACACCUUAUUUGUUCUACCUGGUACCUCUACGCCAUGCAACUACACUCUGGGGCAACUGACUGUACAGCAUUAUUGAUUUUGAGUUGUACAACAGCACCAGUUUUUUGCUUCAACCACAUAAUUUUCUUUUUCAUCUACUAUGUUCUGAGUCCAAAAUAAAGUCCUCUCGAAAAUAAAUACAAAUCAGAAGUGGCCCCGGCGUCCGGCGCAAAGAAGCUCUCCGUGGACGCGUACCUCACCAAGCUGGCCCGCUCGACCGGCGCGGAUGUGAAGAAGUUCACGGCCAGCCGCACGGAGCAAGAGUGGGCCGAGUUUUUUGCCGACGUCCCGGUCAUGCCGGGCAUGAAGCUCGCCAAGCCCGGGAAGGACGAGUUGUAAGUUUACUUAGGACGAGGGAAACAAGCUAGUGCAGCGGGUAGUUGGAAAAUGAUAUCUUGCUCUCUAUACUCUCGCCUCGAUGUUGUACCUCUACUGCCAAUAUCAAAAGUAAAAAUGUCUGGGUCUGGAAACUUGUGAUGCUAGGUGGCGUGUCAUGAUGAGGCUACGAAUGCUGGCUCAGCAUGACAAGUUUCUAAGCUCAUCGGUGUUGCCUAUUCUGCAUGACAAACUGCGGCUCUGCAACACAGAAAAACGGUUCUCUUGGGUAACGUGCAUGACAGAUUUAAGAGCCAUGCCAGACAAGCAUGACAAACAUGAAUUCUUCCAGACCCAGACACUUUUACAGUUGAUAGCCAAUAGAAUGCGCCAAUAGAAUGCUCCUGUGCCGCCCAUUAAGGUUUGUAGAAAGUUGCCAACCGCUUUGAGUUCUUGAAUGUCCACACUGCAUCACAGGUUCUGAAUCAGAGCACUAGACUAGAAGAUUAAUGCAUGAGCCCAUUGUAAAACUUACUUUGAAAAAACAACGCCACCGUAAAGCCGACCUGCUAUUUUUAUACGCUAGUUCAUCAAUCACAGUCAAAAUCGCAUGUAGAUACAGAGACUCCGUACAGUAUCAAAUAAAAAAGUUUACUUACCACGCGUGAGUUUACAGCCAAUUGAAACUAUAUGUGUGCAAAGUAAGAUGACGAAGCUCAUCAACUCUGCUGAGAAAAGCCCGACAAAGCUGCACGCGGCUGCGUCCAAAAACCUGCUGUUUUUACCGCAACUUUUUGCUUUUCGAAUUAUUGGUCUGUAGCAAGAACUACGGGACGAUGCCCGUUUUUAAU